AUGCCGCCACCGAUAGUAUACUAUGAAGAUCCAUAUUGCGAUCGCGCUUAUUAUAACAAUCGUCGUCCAGGUUUUGAGAUUGAUAUUUUUCCCGGAGGGAUUGUCGAUGCGUUCUUUAAUCGGCCUCCUCCACCGCCGCCGCCGCCUCGGACUGAGAUCGUAGUUAUGACUCAAGGUAAUGCUGCCGGCUAUCCGCCACCACCUCCUCCACCUCCGCCAUAUAUGCCGCCGCAAGCACCAUACUACAACAACAAUAAUGGCGGUUAUAAUAACGGCGCUGGCGCCUACGGUUAUCCGCGACACUACAAUAAUCCGCCCAAUCCGCGUUGGUAG